AUGGGAAAAGUUCACGGAUCGCUCGCUCGUGCAGGAAAGGUAAAAUCUCAAUGUCCGAAGGUUGAGAAGCAAGAAAAGCCCAAGCAACCCAAGGGUCGUGCUCACAAGCGUCUUGUUUACGUUCGCCGCUUCGUUAAUGUUACCAACAUGGUUGGUGGCAAGAGAAGAAUGAACCCUUCUUCUGCUUAA